AUGACGGAAGGCGAGCCAUCGUACAUAGAUUAUGAAACAUUUCUUGACCCGGACUUCUCUCCCGCCGCCUUUGCAAAUGCUUUGGUGACCAGCACAAACAAUGCCAACGAUACCCCUCUCGAUCUGGCAACUCCGUUGUCUCGCGUUCUGUUUGAUCUCCAGGAGAUAGAUACUCAUAUCCACAAUCUGACGACAAAGUCCGCGCUGCCGCUUCUGGCGCACACGCAGGAUCAGGCGAGUGCUGCCCAACGGAUCCUGAAGGAGGUCGAGGACCAGGUUGCUUCUCUCACGGAUGGGUAUCAACGGUUGGAGAGGGAAGUCCUGCGGAAAUGGGAGAGUGCGGAGGAGGCGAGAGUAGCGUCCGAGAAUUCGUGGGCGGCACUGCGCCUGGCUCGAGCUGUCGGACGCUGCAUCACCUUGGGCAGACAGCUGGAGGGACAGCUGGCUGAAGUUACGGGGAGAGGGACAGGGAAGGAGGACCACAGGGCCAUGGUGCGAGCGUCGAAUACGCUCCUGAUGCUACGGCAGAUGUUUUCUGCUACGGGUGAUGGGGAGGAAGGACAGGGUCUGGAUCGUGUCAAGGUGAUCCGGACGCUGAGGAGCGAUCUCGUCAUCCCUGCUGAGAACACGGUCAAGGCCAGGGCGCAGCAGGUGAUCAACCGAUUCUCCCUAUCGUCCCUGUCGGCCGACGAUGUUGGAGGAGGAACAACAGCAAGAGCCAACGGAGCUCGAUCGCCGCCUCCAGCCUCGUCCACCUUUGCACAAACGGAAGAGACCAAAGCGAAGCUAUCAUCUGCCAUCACCACGUUAUAUCUGCUUUCGCCCACUCCUAAGACGGCAAUCACCGCGACACAAUUCCAGCCUGAGCUCCUUCUCUCUACCCUGCAGGGAUACAUCCACAACUCCCUCACCUCAUCGCUAUCUUCCCUGUCGCGGGGGCUGGCAAUGAUGCCUAACUUGGACCGGGCCCUUGCUGAGGUCUCUGCGCGAUGUCAGGAUCUUGCUGCCCUCGAGGCGCUUCUCGCCACGUUCAAGACCCCCGUUCAUCCCUGUCUAACAUACGAUAAGCAGGGAGCGGAACAGAAAAACGGCAAUAAUAAUCCGGAAAACAUUCUUCAGCUUCUCCUUCGAGCACUAGAUACGUCUUCUCUUCCGUCCUACUUUUGGCGCUCUCUCGCCUCCUCCCUGCCAUCUCGCGUCCAGGAGAUCCUCACGCGGGGCGGGGCGUCGGCUCGGGCGCUUCGGUCAAAUCGGGAUCGCUUGCGGACGGAUCUUCGAGAAUGUGUGCUGCGAGGCUCGCAGCUGCCGUCGACCAUCGGCAAGGGACGGUCUGGAGGCGAGCCAGUCUUGGUGGGCAACUGGGAACGGGAGGCGGCCGUCAUGGUCAGUUCUGUAGUGGGGGUUUUGGGACGAUAG